AAACUAAUCAGAUUAAUAUUUUGUACUAAAAUUUCAUUCAAAUGCAUAAUAUUUCCGCUACGUCACUGCGUUUCUAUUGAAUUUCGCUGAAAUUUUUCGCAAGUUGAAGAAGUGGUUACAAAGCAACAGAAAGAUUCAGCAAAAUGUCUAGAAAAGGACAUACAAGAAAUAGCAGUGAGACUCCAAGUCUGCCACAUGUUCAUCAGCCGAAAUAUAAAUGCCACCAUUGCAAUAAAUCUCUCGAUGGCAUGUCCAUAUAUGGCAUGGAAACCUCUGAAACGGUCAGCAUGCAGUCUUCAGCCUCCAAACCUAAAAAAUCAAUUGAAAUCAAGAUGCCACCUGUUAAAAAGACUAAUGAAGAUCCUGAGGCAUUGCCACAUGCACAUACCACAUCUGGUCCUUGUUACUUCUGUAGUGAGCAUAAGGAAGAUUACGAAAAGUUAGAGAGGUACCAGCCAACCUGGAGGGCAAAGAGAUUGCAAGCUGUUAUUGAAGAAACAGAGAAGAAAAACUUAGAAAUAAAAUCAGACUUGAAAAAAUUAGAAGGAACAAAAAAAGAAAAAGAUGCCAAAGUUCUUAUGGAUACAAUCUACAAUCAGCUAGAUGAUCACUUAAAGAUGCACCAACAGACUGAAAAAGAAAUAGAUGACUUAAAAGAAGAAUUAAGGAAAAAACUAGGAAAACCUGCACCAAAAAAAACUAGUGAGGACGACAAAUCUCAACAAAGUAGGCGGCCUAUGGCAUCACCAGAAGAACAAGUAUUAACAUAUGAACUAAAAUCACAGUUACUUAGGAAUGUAGAAAUGCAAAAUCAUCGACUGAAAACAGAGCUAACACUCCACGAGAAAAUGACAGAAGCCAAACUGUUAAACCAGCAAAACAAACGUCUAACAGAUGACAACACAACGUCCAAAACAAACACACUCAGGCUCAUGAAAAUGUUUGAAAAGAAAGCUAAAGAUGCUGAUGCAAAGUUAAAGGAAAUGCAACUAGAAUUGAAUAAAGCUCAACAACUUGCCAGGAAAUACCACCAGAUGUACGACAUGGAAAGACGUAGGAAUGGGCUACCAGAGGGUACAUACAGCACACCAGAACCUGAAUCAGGCACACCAAGACAGAACAACAAUUCAUCAAGCUUCCUGGGACAAAAUGUCAGAGUUAAUGAUGUUAUUAGAAAAAAUGAGGUGCUUGUAGAAGAGAAUGAGAAAUUACACAGAGAAAUAGCUAGGCUCAAACAUGACAAUGCAGGACUGAUAAAGAAAUGUAAACAUGCCAUGUCUGAUAAAGAGAGUGUUGUACAUCGACUAGAUACAAGUGAAGCUAACAGAAGAGAUCUAACAAAGAGAUUAGACAGAGAAAAAACAUCGCACAACAACCUAUCUAGAAGUUUAACAAGACAAGCCUCAGACUGGAUUCUAUUGAAGAAACAGUUAGCUCAAUUUGAUGAAGAAUAUAGAUGGAGCCAGAUCAUGUCAAGAGCCACACGACAAGGUACUCGAAAGGGUAAAAAGACUCCUGCAAACCAUCCACCUCCUCCAGGGAGUUUAAUGAAACGGGAAAAAUCCAUCCUCGGCUCAGAGUGGACAUCUUUAUAUAAACAUAGCCGAGCUGAAUCUAUAGCAAACUGGAGUCGAACUUCUAAACCAACCAGAGAGCAUUCCCUUAUCUCUGAAUACAUUGGAAUCACUAAACCAAAACGAGAAAAAUCCAAACUUUUCCCUCCAAUUUAGUCAGGUUGGUCCAGUAAAUCCUCACGGCGCUGACCAAAGAACUUACUCUCAUCCUGUACCUAGAAAUGUUUACCAACCAAGGAGAAUGUUUUCUCCAGAAAACUAUGCCAACCAAAGCUCGACAGCAUAAAAAUAACUGUGUUCAAAUAAUUGUGUGAUGUGAAAAUCUGUUUUUUUAAGCAUUAAACAAUAGUAUUAUAAAAAGGUAUCAUGGAUUUCAAAUUUUAUAGCAAUUUACAUCAACAAAGAAGUAAUUGUAUGAAACAAAUUAAGCUGUACAGUUAUCUCCCUUGAUUUAUCCUUUUCUAUUUUAAUGGGAGAUAACUCUUAAUUUUUAUUUGUCACCUAAAAUCAAGUUUUUGCAGAUUACUGUUAGUCAAUUUAAUUAUGAAUGAUAAAUGUUUAAACCAAAAAAGUGUUAAAUGGUAGUUAUAAAUAUAGUUCUUGUAUAGUUUGAGCAGUUUCAGAAUUUAAAUCAGCUACAUUUAGGAUAUCUUUAUUAAAAAAAUAAUUAUAAUUCUUUUUAAAUAUUGGCUACCUAUAUUAAUAAGUGCUUUAUAACAAUGCAUAGACAAAGACUGUGAUAAAUAAUUUGUUGUACUGGUUUAAAAUCCGUCCUUUUUAUCAUGUGUUUUUUUUUAGGUAUACAUGUCUUGCUAAUUUUUUCUACACAUAAUUUGUUUACACUACAGGGUACUUGGUGACUUUUAAGGCAAUUAUUUUAAUUGUUUAAAUUUAAGGUGAAUAUUAAAUUGAUUUUGCUUUGAUUAUAAAUACCUAUAAGUGUUGUUGCUUUUCUGACACACAGUUUGGUAUUAGAUUGAAGUUGUACUUUAGUAAAUGUUUUCUCCAUCUUUUUAAUUUCUGGGAGUUUGAAGAAAAUAAUAACAAAAUGAAAUGUCAAAUUUUCCAGGACAGCUUGUUUUUAAAGUUGAUUAUGAUCAUAGUUUCAACAUACUUAGCCAGUUAAUUUAAGUAAAAAAAGGUUUUCAAUGAUCAGACAUUUGUGAAAAUUUGAAAGCAUAACAACCAUGUAAAUUUUUUUUUAAUUGGCAAUAUCUUUAUUGUUACAGUAUAUAAUAAUGUCAAUGUUCCCUGACCAAUAUAGCAGGCAAUGCCCUUUCAUUCAAUGUUUUUGUCCAUAUCUUUACUUUGUAUCUUUGCUUUGAGAAUACUUGAUGAACACGAGAGCAUGUGAAUCGAUUGCAUUGACAUUUGAUAGAUGACAUAUCAUGUUUUUCCUCUCAUGAUUAAAGAUGUCCAGAUAAACUGAUGUUAAUGAAAAAGCAAAGCAAAAACACACGUACACAAAAAACCCACAUACUUAGAGGUUAUGACAUAUUUAGAGGUUAUGACAUGGUUUUUAAAUAUGGGCAAGUGUCCAUACUGACUUGCAAGCCCUAAAUCUUUUUCAGUUUAAAGACAAAAAUAACAAAAAUAAAACCCAUUUGAGUUAGGUCAUUAGUUAUCCAUAUAGAACUUAACAUUUGUUAGGAUAGGAUUUGGGUUUACAGGUAUUCAUGUCUAUAUGGAUAAAAUGUACAUGUAGUUUAAAAAUAAAGUAUCUUAAGAAUUAAUUGUAAUUAUGUUUUAAUAAUUUACUAACAAUACAUUAAACAUGAAGUCACAGUGAAUUUAAUACCAACUUUAAUCCUAAUAAGCUUCUAAAGUUGUAGCUAACUAACCUAUUUUGUUCAGUUAAAUGUGCAAUUAGCAUGUACAAAUCUCAUAUUUACAUCAUAAAAUUUCCACCCACAAAAUGGUAAUUCCUUCAAACCUAGUUUUAGAAAAUUAGGUUAAAUAAAGAGCUUUUAAAAAUGUAAAAAAAAAAAUUAUAAUUUUAAGAAAUUGGAGGUAAGAUGAAUCACAUUUAAUAAGUUAAUGUAAUUGAUAAAGAAUUUAAUUGAUUAAAUGCUGUACAUUUAUAACAUUGGAUAUUUUUUCAGAAAUAAAUAUACAUAAUAUACAAUGUAACAAAAAGGAAAGCUUGACAGACUAGUUCACUUUCUUGUAUAAAAGUGUAAUUUGGUUUCAUUUAAUCCAGUGGUUUUUAAAGAGAAAUAAAUGACCACACCCUCAAUUUUAGUUGCCCUUUCAAAAGUUUUAUAAUGGUCACAAUUGCAAUCUUCUUUAGAUAAUUUUGAAUGUUAUAUGAUGAUUCACUAUGUUUGUUUAUUUAAACAGAGAGUCAUUGCCUUUAUAAUCUGACAAUUUUUAUUCAGUAGAGUUUGUGAUACAAUUUACAUCUAGCACUUGACACAAUCUGGUGCAUGAAUUCUUUUCAGUUUAAUUUCGAUAUAUAUUCGUGAUAAUCAGGAGAUUAGCUUCAUUUUCUCUUAUUUCCCAAGAAAAAACAGUUUGCUUAUAUCUCCCCCGUUGCAUGUUUAUUACUUGUUAUAUAAUGGUCGUAAGCACAGGUUGAGUUUUUUUAGCCUUAUUUUUCAGCUUUCUCUGUUAUCCUAAUAUCUGGAUUGUAACAAGUGUGUAAAUAGUCUUUGUAAACUGAUCAUUACAUGUUAUUCUAGGCAAUGCAUUUUUUAAGCCUUGGAUGUGAUAUUAGAAUGUGUUGUAUUCAUGAUGUCUUUUUUCCCUAAACAUUUGCUCAGCUAGUGAAUAUUUGUAUUUGAUGGCUACAUAUAGAUACAGAACUUUUAAUUUUACAAUACUAUGUAUUAAUUAUUAUUGGUAGGGCACCAAACUUCUUAGAUAUUGUGGGUAGAGUUAGACUACGAAUUUAAAAAAUUUCAAUGAAUCAAUUUUCUAUAGACUUACACAAAUCUAUGAAUUCAAAUACAUGGAUCAAUGAAUACUCAAAUUUUACCUCAAUACAUGAAAAUUGCACACAGAACUAAACCCUCUAAACACUUCUUGUAUACUGAAUCAGAGAUCAGAAUGUAAUGUUAUAUGUUUUGCCAUUCAUUCUGAUGUUAGAUUGAAUAAGUUACUGUUGUUGAUAAUUGCUUGACAUGGUAUUUUUAACAAGUUUGAUGACAUGAAACACAAUUAAAGACAAUAGUAACAUUAGAUAAUUGAUCAAGGAUACAAUCUAUAUUUGAUCAGCUGAUAAACUUAUGAAAGUAAAUUAAUGUUGCUUGUAUAAACAUUAAGUUAUCCAGACCAUGCUGCUGCUGAAAUCAAUCAUUUGGUUUAAUAUACCCUGCUCUAAAGUAGAGGCUUUAUUGCCUAAAUUUGGUCGUUGGCUUGAUUGUGAUGAGUUGUAAUGUGUGAGCACCUUUUGGGAUCUGGGGGACACAAACUUGAAUUAUUAGUUGGGAUAUGCCAGCUAAAAAAAACAUGUACUUCCUUGUUGAGGUAUACAUUACUGUAUAGACACAACAUUAAUUAACUUACUGUCAAAGCAUUUUCUCCUGGCUUAAAAACAGAGAAAUUCAUGGUAACUCAAAUAAGUUUUAUUCCUUACCACUAUAAAACCUAUAAUUGACAAUUUGAGAUAGUUUUAACAGUAUGUAUUGAAUAUGAAUACAUUUCAUAUUGUUUCUUAUUUGCAUACAUAAUGUGUUAUAUUUUGGACCAAAUACUUUAUGAAUGGUCUAUAUUAUUUUUGUUAAUGAUAUUUUUACAUAUGUUAGUUUAUAGUAUGCGAGUCAACCUUUGUUUUUAACAAAAUAUGAUCUGUAUUAUUAUUUGUAUGGGAACACUACAAUAAAAUAUCUUCACUAGA